UCCCUUCUGUUGAAAAAAAAAAAAAACAUUCAAAAAGGACUUUUUGCUCACGUAUGUUGAACAGCUAUAUAAUUGCAGCCUGAAUUUGCUUGCUUUGUAAAAAAAAAAAAAAAAAAAAUCAAACAAAACAACAAACAACCCUUUUAAUGUGUACGUGCAUCAUUUUUUGCCAUAUAGGCCUACUAUAUUUGAGCCCUGGAUACUUUGAGAUUAGGCAUUUCAAUUAAAACAGAAGUCGAGUUUAUAACUGUUUUAUUUUGCAUUUCAGCAGGAAGGCUGUUUUUCCGGGUUCUAUAAACCCUGAUAUGAUUCUACAGAUUGCAUGUAUCCAUGUCACGUGCUCAUAUAUUUAAAACACAUAUUCUAUAAGAACGAGUAAAAUAACAAUGUCCCGUUUACUCAGAGCAAAUAUUGUCAACUUCGCUUAUGGAUGACUGGGGAUAAGUAUUAGGUACUUCAUCUCUGAUUGAAAUUUGACAGGACAAACAUUAAGAUGAGCAUAUGGAACAUCAUUUUAAUAAAUUUGUUGACACAAAUACGUAGACCUUCCUAUUUAACACAACUAAGCAGUUUAACAGUUUCUUUGUUUUUUAAACUUGAUUUUUGUUUCUUGUUAAGUGUGGUUCAUUUGCAACGUGCAACUGUUGCUUUGUUUUUAAGUUAUUUUUGUGACUGUACAUUAAAUAAUAAUUUAGAAAAAACACGAAUAGACAAAAAUAAUAUUCUGAUUAUAUUCCAUUUUUUGACAAAAGACCCAUUCUAUUUCUGUUUACAAAUGAAGCAUGUAUAUUUCUACAUCCUGUACUGUAACCUCUUUGUAGAAGUAGCUGAUUUGCCUUUGGUUAAAGCUACAAUGAAAGUGCACAAUGCGCAAUGACAAUUUCAGCAUUCCCAUUCAAAGUCUGUCUUUGUCUUUGGUACUGCUGGACGAGGUGGCUUCUUUCUUGGCACGUGCUGUAGGCGUCAGUCACUUGUUCCUUAGCAACCCUUGAACACAAGACACACCUGUAGCUCGAUCUCAAAACUGAAACUGCGGCUCCGAAAACACAAAUGGGCUGAGGGUGUUUGGUUUUCUCCUAUUAAUGCGGUACGCCCUUUAUUAUCCCUGUGUGUGUCAUUAUAAAUUGGGAUUCCAGCUAGUUAUUUUACGGGUGGAAUGUGCUCCGUGUUAUUGAAUUACUUGUGGAUUACUGUAGGUCUCUGUUUUAUAAUAAAUAAUACAUGCAAUUACAUUAAACUUUUAUCACAAACAAAAUUUAUACACUUUUGUUUAAUGCGUCUCUCUGUUUCUUUUUGAACAUACAUUGGACCCGACGACUGAAAGAACUAGACAAUAUGUGGCGUGUGCGUGCAUAUGUAUAUUUACUAAACUAUUUACCAUGGUGUGCAAAGCCAACAAACUAUACACAACGCUGGUGUCGAAAAUUGCAUGCACUUAAACUACACCUCGACAAAUUAUGUGGCUUAAAGUGCACGUGCUAACACUUAAAAAUGCACUUGAACAAAGGGUGUACCCAUUAUGGUUAAUGACACACACACACACACACACAAAAAAAAUAGAAAAAAAAACUGUAAAAAAAAAACAAAAACACUAGCAUACUGUUGUUGAUGCAGUUUUAUAUAAAGUAGGGAAACAAAUUGGCACAACUGUCCAUAUUGUACCAAGUAGGGUUGAACAAAAUAGCAAAGACAAUAUAAAGUUAAAUAAAGUGAGUGCAGAAGCAUCGCUGUGUGCCGUAUAGAUUGGUGCACAUUUUUCAGCAGCACGCUGGGUAACGUUUGUUCAUGGAGAUUGUACGUAGUGUAGUUUGCUUUGCAAGCUCCGCUUAUUAACUUGGCUAUCACAGUGGCAAAAAAAAAAUCAAAACCCUUAAGAAACUGCUGUUUUUCUUCCCCACACUACAUCGUAAUUGUUGGAAGGAAAACCAAAUCUGCUGCAUCGAUGAAAGCAAACAAAGAAGCGUGCAGGGGGCAAAUAAUGAAUACAGAACAUUCUGGGGGGGUUGGGGUUGGCACAAAUUUAUUCUAAAUGGUUUAUUACUAUUUACAUUCCGUGAAGGCAGAGGUGGCCCCUUCUCACACACCCCGCCUACUAGUUUGUUUCUCACUUAUUUACGUCACCUGACCGCGCAUCAUGCAAAUCACUACGAUUCUGUGCUGCUAUUGGACGCCUCGAGCUCAUUUAAUCCCUGUCAACCCGCAUCACAUGGCUGCUGCUCUGUUAACUUCGUGCUCUGCGGGAGAAAGUAGCUCAAAUAGGCUUUUCAUCACUCUGGAUGUUUAAAGCAAGCGAAGGAAAAAAAAAAAACAAAAAAAAAAAAAGAAACAUUGAUAAUAAAAAGUAAAACGAAGUUUCACUGCAAUUCAGGAUUAUACUCCUCAAUUAAGACUGUGUCGAGUAAGCGGACUGCUGACUGUUGAAAUUGAAUGUUUUUCUGUGUUGCUUGAAAAGUAAAAAGUUAGGUGAAUGUAUAGCAUGAUGAUGGAAACGGACUUGCACUCUCCUGGACCCCAGACUAAUACUAGUUCGGGGCAAACGGGUCCAAAUAACGGGAGCAAAGUCAACCAAGAACGGGUAAAGAGGCCGAUGAAUGCGUUUAUGGUGUGGUCCCGGGGCCAAAGGAGAAAGAUGGCUCAGGAGAACCCAAAGAUGCACAACUCCGAAAUCAGCAAGAGACUGGGUGCGGAGUGGAAAGUGAUGUCUGAAGCUGAGAAGAGACCUUUCAUUGAUGAGGCUAAGAGGUUACGAGCCAUGCAUAUGAAGGAGCAUCCGGAUUACAAGUAUAGACCCAGAAGGAAGACCAAAACACUGCUGAAAAAGGACAAAUAUUCCUUGGCCGGUGGUCUGCUUGGUGCUGGGCCAGGUGGUCCCGGUUCUGUUGGAGUCGGACUCGGGAUGGGACAUGCUGGAAUCGGACAGAGGCUGGAAAGCCCCGGGGCUCACGGUGGCACUGCAACCAGCGGCUAUGCGCACAUGAACGGCUGGGCAAACGGUGCCUAUUCGGGCCCAGUGGCAGCGGCUGCUGCGGCUGCUGCCAUGAUGCAGGAGGCUCAGUUAGCUUACAGCCAGCACCCGGGCACUGGAACACACCACCACCACGCUCACCAUCACCAUCCUCACAACCCGCAGCCGAUGCACCGCUAUGACAUGACAGCUCUCCAGUACAGCCCCAUUUCAAACCCUCAGAGUUACAUGAACGCCUCUCCGUCGGGGUAUGGGGGCAUCUCCUACACACAGCAUCAGAACUCGAGUGUGGCAUCGACUGGGACCAUCGGAACCCUCGGAUCGCUGGUGAAAUCGGAGCCAAGUGUAAGCCCACCUGUUAGCACUCAUUCUAGGGCUCCGUGUCCAGGGGACUUAAGGGAAAUGAUAAGCAUGUAUUUACCAACGGGAGAAGCGGGUGAUCCGUCAGUUCAAAACAGACUUCAUGCAUUGCCUCCGCACUACCAGAGCAGCACUGCAGGGGUAAAUGGAACAGUUCCGUUAACACAUAUUUAAAAACAAAAAAACUGAAACAAACAAAAACACAUAACCAAAUAUUUACCUCCUUUUUUAGACUGUCACUAAAGACCUUUUUGUACAGAAUGUUUUUGAUGUUCUUGUAAAUUGAAGAUAAAAAUUGUUUUGAUUGCCUUUUAGAAACUUAAAAAAAUAGUAGCCUGCUCAAACAGUAUGCCUUUUAGAAUGGUUUUGUUUCAUUAAAUAUUUUUGCACAGUCCACGUAAGGGAUACGUGUUAACAUAAAAGGCGAUGCCAACUUUUUUGUACAUGUGGUAUUCCUGUAAUACACAAUGAGCUGGUAAAAGGUUACCUCUAAAAUGAAACCCUGUGCAAAAUGGGGGGGAAAGCCAGUCUUAUAACAGCUAUGUAAAAUUAAAAGAAACAUGAAAAGUGUUUUUAAAAGUUUUUUUUAACUUUUUUUUUUCAUUUGACAUUAUUCAGUCGUUUGUAAAGAUGUGAGUUUCUGUAUUUGAAUUAUUUCUUUUUUUGUGUAAUAUUUCCUGUAAAUUGUGAAAUAAUUGAAAUAAUUUUAAUAUUAUAGAAGUUGACAAGAGACUCAACCUGUAUAAAUAGUUUACUGAAUGCAUUUUCCCAGAAAAAGAAAUGUUGACAUUGCGUUGAAUUUUGAGUUAAAUAAAUUUUACAGAAAUGUAACCCUGGAUCUGAUAAACCCUUUUUUGUGUGUUUUAUGUUUGUUCUUUGAAGAAUAAUUACAGAAACCCUUAAAGAGAAGUGACAGUUAUUGUUAUAGCCUUAAAACUGUGAAACCAAAACUAGAUAAAUCCUGGGUUUUCUAUUUAAGGUAUAAUCGCCUAAUACGAAUAUUAAAAUUACCACCCAAAAGAAAGGCGGUUUGUACCAACAGGCAUAUUUCUGGAACAUAACCCAUUUUUUGUUUGCUUUUUAAUAGUUUUAUGUAAAGAAUUGCAUAUAUUUCUAAACGCAUAAUUAAACCAAACCCUCGUGUCAACGACGAGAAACUCGAGCUUUACAAUUGCAAGUCAAAAACAAGCAUCAGCUUAAAAAUGUAGUGACACAAAACAUGUAACCUAUUAUCGCAAAUUUGUUGAAAUACUGAAUAAAUGAAUCACGACAAGGGUAAUUAUAUGACAGUGUUGUUUAGAGACAUUAUCUAAACAACGUUGUCAUAUAAUAUUAUUCAAACAGAAAAUAAAUAUAUUUGCUUCGUGUUUGUAUGACUAUUUAAUUCCCUCACCUGAAGUAAUUAACACAUAAAAAAAAAAGUGGAAAAAAAUAUGUUUAGGAACAGAAACAUUUUUUUGAAGACUUAAUGUAAA